AUGGAUAUAACUAGUAGUAAUAUAUAUGAUUAUAUUGAUUCAUGUAAAAAUUCAGGAAAUUAUAGUCAAUGCAUAUUCUGGUGUGAUGUUCUUUUUUCAUUAGAACUUAAUCAAGCUAGUGAAAAUUCCAAAAAUAAUUUAAAAUAUAAUUAUGAUAAAAAAAAUAAAAAUGACCAUUUAGAUAUAUUAUUAGAUGAGAAUCACUGUAAAAUAUACAAAUCUAAUGAUAGCAAAACUACAAAAUAUUUACUAAAUAUGGCUUCAUUAUAUAUGCUAGAUAAACAAUAUCUAGCAGCAUAUUCUAUACUUCAUAAUAUAGAUAAUAAUGAAGUGAAUAAUGAAGAUGAUAUUGAAACAUUUAAUGGUGAAAUUAGUAAUUCUGCAGAAAAGUUAUAUUUGGAAGCACAAUAUUUAUACUCUGUACAUCAAUAUGAAGAAUGUCUCUCAUUAAUAGAAUCAAGUAUGGAUUUAUCUAAUUAUGAUCCAUUAACUUCAUCAACAAUACACACAAUGGCUGCAGAUGCAUUUAUAUCUAUAGGAAAUAUUGAACAUUCAAUUUUAUUAUAUGAAACAGCUCUAUAUGAAUCUAUAUAUGCAAUAGAAGCACUAGAAUAUCUUCUAUUUUUACCAUAUUGUUCUGAUAACAAAAAAUAUUCAAUUGUUUCAAAUCUUAUAAAUAUGCCUAUUGAAUCUAUUGAUAAAAAUUGGAUAUCUAAAUAUAUUCAUCCUUAUACAAUAUUAACAAAUAAAAUAACUUCACCAAGAUCUCUUAUGACAUCUCGUGCCAGUUCACCAACAAGAAAAAAGGAAAAACGUUUAUUACCAACUUCUCCAAUAGGUGUUUCAUCUAAAAUAUCAAUGAAUAAUAAUUAUAUACAAAUAUUAAAGAAUACUUAUAGUAUUUUAACUUCACAAAAAACUAUUAAUGAUUUUCAAAUAUUAACUAAUAUUGCACAACAAGGAUAUUCAGAAUUUGGACUUAAAAUUGCAACAUUAUAUAUAAGUCGUUUUAUUACAUCACAUAACUUAAAUUCUGCCUAUAUUACUGGAUAUAAAUUAUGGAAUAUAUUAUUUAAAGAUCAAAAUGAUCUUAAUUUAUGUGAUAUUUCAACUAUAUUUAAUUCAAAAUAUAAUUAUUUUGAAUUAUCUUCAAAUACUUUAUGUAAUUUUAUUCAAAUAUUUGGGAUAUGUAUCAUAUCUAAAAUAUAUACUGAAGCAAGUAUAUAUAGAUAUAAAUCAAUUGGAGAAGAUAAUGAAUAUUUAGCUUUACUUGAAGCAUUCUUAAUUAUGCUUAGAAAAAGUGGUGGAGAAGUAGAAACCAUUAGAAAAGCAUGUAAAGAUGGAAAUCUAGUAUUUUCUAUAAAAUUAGCUAAUGCAAAAUAUUAUGCAAGAAAUGCAGAUGAUAUUAAUUAUGGUGCUAAUUUUUGUGGUAUUACAUCUAGUAAUACAAGUAAUUUUGGAAGUAGUGAAAAUAAUUUAUUAUCUAUUAAAGAUACAUGGCAUAAAAAAAUAUUUCCAUCUAAUAAUAUAGCUAGUACAUAUCUAUUUAUAAAAGGAUGUUAUCUAUUCUCUUGUGCAAUUAAAAAUAUUAAAUUAGGUAAGACUGAAAUGGCUCAAGAUAUUAAAUCUAUGUUACGAACAUCUAUGUAUUGUUUAAAACGAAGUAUACAUUUUAAUUUCCUUAUAUUUCCAUCUUAUUAUCUAUGGGGAAAUAUUUAUGCAACAUUAGGACAAUGGGAUGAUGCAAUGGCUAUUUUUCGUAGAAUGGUACGUUUAUUCCCUAGUGCUAAUUUAUCUAUAACAUCAACUAUAUCAUUACUUUUACAAAGAAUUAAUUUAGAAAAGGAAUUAAAAACUAAUGAACUUAUUAAUCAAUGUAUAUCUUGGGCUAAUAAAGCUAUACUUAUUAAUAAAAAUUUCCCAAUAAUACAGAAUUCUCUUGGUUUAUGUUCAUAUUAUGAAGAGAAAUAUGAUAUUGCUAUUGGUUACUUUCAAAGAGCUCUUAUUUAUCUUAUUAAUAAUUAUAAUACUGAUUCUGAUCAUCAUUUUAUAUCUGAAGUACUAUUACAAGAUCAUAAUUAUUCUUUGAAUUAUAAUUCAACUUUAUAUAUUUCUAAUCCACUUUCUUAUAUAAUUACAAUUAACUUAUCUAUUUCAUAUUUAAUGGGUGGACAUUAUGGAAAUGCAAUUGAUUGUCUUGAAAGUCUUUCUAUAAAUAAUCGUUAUCUUCAUCCAGUUAUUGCAGAAAUUGAUAUUUUACAAAAUAUAUAUAUAUCUUUAGCUAUUUCCCAUCAUUUACUUGGAAAUAUUAAAGAAGCUUAUCAUUAUUAUCAGCAAUGUUUAUCUUUACCAUAUGAACAAGAAAUUCUUGAUUAUAAUAUUAAUAAUCAUGAUAUUAAUGACCAUCAUCAAAAUAAUGAUAUUGAAUCCACUUUAUUAGGUACAAAGACAAAGCAACAUACUGCAACUAUACUAAGAUAUAUUUAUCAACUUUAUGACUCUAUUAUAUCAGAAGAUAUAAUUUAA